UGUUUAUUUUGGUCGUUAAUACUUGAUUACGCGAUUGGAGGUAGUUUGUCCCUCUGGAGGCACCGUAGUUAACGUUCACGCAGAUAGUUUUUUUUUUCCAAUCUCAGUUUGAAGCGAGCAAAGAAGUAUCAAAACAAAGUGAGCACGCCCUUUUUCCUUCUCUCCCAUCCUGUCACCACAAUGGACGGAAUCCCGACUCCUCUGCGGUGCUUCAGCGAGCAGCACUCGGCCGAAAUGUUUGUGGAUGACGGCGUUGAAACGGUGACUUCCAGAGAGCAGAAAAACGUGGAACGCAUCAUUGAAGAAACCAUAGAUGUUUACAAGCAAAUGCACAGCUUACCACAGCCGACCUUGUUGCGGGAACAGCACUACCAAUAUCUCAAGAAGGGCUUACGUCACUUAUCAGAUGCUUAUGAGUGUCUAGAUGCAAGCAGACCGUGGCUUUGCUUCUGGAUUCUGCACGGUCUGGAGAUCCUAGAGGAGCCCAUUCCUCCUGCUGUUGCCUCAGAUGUGUGUCAGUUUCUUGGACGCUGUCAGAGCCCAACAGGGGGCUUCGCUGGAGGUCCGGGACAGCACGCCCACCUCGCACCAACCUACGCCGCUGUCAACGCGCUCUGCAUCAUCGGCACAGAGGAGGCCUACGGCGUCAUAGACAGGGAGAAGCUCUUAGAUUUCCUAUGGUCCCUGAAGCAGCCAGAUGGCUCCUUCACCAUGCACAUUGGAGGGGAAGUGGAUGUCAGGAGUGCUUAUUGUGCCGUUUCUGUAGCUUCGCUCACAAACAUCAUCACGCCUAAACUGUUUGAGGACACGACCAACUGGAUCCUCAGUUGUCAGAACUGGGAGGGCGGUCUGAGUGGAGUUCCGGGGUUGGAAGCGCACGGCGGUUACACGUUCUGUGGCACGGCUGCCCUGGUCAUCCUGGGUAACGAACACAUGCUGGACCUCAAAGCGCUGCUGCGCUGGGUGGUCAGCAGACAGAUGCGCUUCGAGGGAGGUUUCCAGGGCCGCUGUAACAAACUGGUGGACGGCUGCUACUCGUUCUGGCAGGCUGGACUCUUGCCUCUGCUCCACAGAGCCUUGUUCAAAGACGGAGAGCUGGAGCUGAGUCGGCAGCGGUGGAUGUUCGACCAGCAGGCCUUGCAGGAAUACAUCCUCCUGUGCUGUCAGAACCCAACAGGAGGCCUUCUGGAUAAACCUGGCAAAUCCAGAGACUUCUACCACACGUGUUACUGCCUGAGCGGCCUCUCCAUUGCGCAGCACUUUGGAAACAUGGAGCACCACCAGGAGAUCAUCCUGGGCAAGGAGGAGAACCGUCUGGCUCCAAUUCAUCCAGUUUACAACAUCUGCCCGGAGAAGGUGGCUCAGGCCCUGCAACACUUCCUGAGGUUGCCCGUCCCCACAGACCUCAGGCAGCCCGGAGUCUCAGGUGAUACCAAAUCAUCAGAACCGGACUCUGCCUAUGCUGAGCCUCAGUCCUAGUUUACCCUCAGCAGGGGCCGGUUCUGAGGAGGUCCGGUGUGGACUGUUGAAGAGAUGAUGGACCCUCAGUAGGGACGAGGGUUGGUGUUUAGAAGCAGUUUGUUUUAAAAAUGUUCUGGCUUGUGUUGCGUACUCUUUGGAUCCUCUGAAAUGAAGGUGUUACUUUGUACGGUUUCAGUUUGACCCAACUCAAUAAAACUUUCUACAGCCCUUCUCAAA